UAUAUUUUUACUGUUGGCAAUAUACAUUGUGCAAAAAAUGCAAUUAUUUGAUAAAAGCGUAGAAUAUAUAAGCGAUACACCUCUCGACAACAGUUAAGUGAUUUGUUAUUUUAUACACCAAUUGUGAAAUAAGCAAACGGGAAAAUGUCUGAAACAAAGAAUGAUGCUAAUCCUCCGUCAUAUGAAGAAGCCAUGCAGGCACCUUUGGAACCACCAACAAUGGCUUUGAAAUAUCCCAACUCGCAUGAGUCAACUCAGCAAGCACCUAAUCCGUAUAUAAAUCUAGGUCCACAACCAUCACUAGAUCAGCAACAGCAUUAUGCGAACGCUACAGCACCUAACACUUCCAGCCAUACAGGUUGCUAUGGUCAAGUGCCUUCGUAUGGUGCGUUCGAGUCAACGCCAGUUAACGUGGUUAUAAGUCAGCCGCUUACCGUUCCCCCUGAAAUCAUUAUUAUUGGUGGCUGUCCAGUUUGUCGUAUCGGCAUUUUAGAAGACUCUUUCCCUCUCUUGGCUCUAUGCUGUGCAAUUGCCUUCUUUCCGGUGGGCAUACUUUGUUGUAUAGCAAUGAAAAACAAACGCUGUUCCAAUUGUGGUGCAGAAUUUUAGUUUUUCAAACAGAUCCAUUCAACAUUCGUAAGCAAGCGAUAUUGAUUUUAUUGAUUAAAAAGCUUUAUAAUUCCUUUCUUUUUUUUUUGUUUUGUUUUGAUUUCGAAACUAAAGAGUUUGCAUGACGGCCAGGCUAAAAAGCCUUUAAAAUUAUCAUUGUUACUAAUUUGUACACCACGGUAUAAGCAUAAAUACGAAAAAAAAAAAAUGUGUUGUAUAUAGUUAAGCAUUGUAUCCAUUUCCACAUUGUAUCUAUGUAUAUAUGUAUGUUUAACAUUUGUGGAUUUUCUUUUUAUAUAAAUGGUUUAAUUUGUCCAGAAAAACAAUAAAUAAAAGAAUGAAAGCAAGACAAUAGAUGUGUGCAGUAUUAGUUGUGCUGCUUGGUAGACGCUUAACGAUCCGAGAUUUAUCAUGAACCAGUGAGAAUAGCGACAUAUUGUGCACUAGACGGAUUGAAUCUUAUUAAGUUUACUUUUACUAUUAAGUUACAGAUUUUACGGGGAAAGUAAAAGUGUCGCUGAUUAUUAAGCAUACAUGCAUCUGUCCGAUGAGAGAUGUCGACAUAGUGCUGGUCGACAUAUCGCCAUUAUUUAAAUUAUUCACGUUGAUCCUGAAAUAUUGCUGCUGGUGAUGCUUGAGGUCGUUGUGACCGCACUUUGCUGCUGACUGAAAAUAAUAGAAUUUCAGGUUGAGUUUAAUUGCAACGGCGUCGGAAGAUAACUGAUUAUAACUGAGCUUGAAUUUAUCAUAACGUUAUCCAUUACCGAUAAACCAGCCUGGUAUGAAGUUGAUGUGAUUUAAAUUACUAUAAUCAUUCACUUGUUCGCAAUAUAUUCAGAGCAAAAACAACAAUUGAUAUAAGAGAGGUUCUGCUAUAAGGCAAAAAGUUGAACUUCUUUUUUUCCCUGCCGGCUAAUCUGAUUGAAAAUAACUUACAUUAUGAUGGCAGAAAGCAAAGGAUUACUUGAAAGUAUUUGACAAUCGUAAUACUUUGAAACUGUCGAACGAACUUUCUAAGUUUUAUUUUCAUAAAAAUAGAUUAGUACGAAUUUUAUUAACAAAAAGCGCGCAUGAUUUCAGAGAGGGUAAAAGGAAAAGAUCGGCCUUGGGUAAUGAACGGCGUUUAUAUUUUAAAUGAUGCCAGAUGAGUUAUAAAAAUUCUUUCCACGGAAAAUGUGUAGUCUGCUUUUAAAAAAAUGAAAAACUGUGUGACAGAACAUGAACGCUGAUUAAGAGAAAGAGAAUAACAAACACAUUUCAUUGACGAGCAAAGUUUUGCUCAGCAAUGAUAAAACCAUGUACACCUUAAAUUACACACUGCCGUACAACCGCUUUAAAUUAAAAAAUUCCCCUGCUCAUGUAAACAAAACCGAAGUAUUCGAAGCACUCGGAGAUUUCAGUUAAACACAAUAACAUCAAGUAUUUUUGCAAAUUCUCUUCGUAUCACAUUUUCUCAUUCGACAUACGAAAGCCAUAUUUUUCUUCGAUAUGUGUCGUUCUGUCAUGAAUUUCACAACAUGCGACCAAAUAUUGUAUAGUUAGUUAAUCAACCUGACGAACCUGUCAUCUGUAAUCAAUCCUUAACGUAAUAUAAUGUAAAAACUGUGAGUAACAUUACAACCUUAAAGAUUGAAUAUAUUCGCGUCAUUUCACUCCAUACAUUGGCCGUAGACAUAACAUACAAUUAGCUAUCAAAAAUUUUUACUUUUUUCGUUUAGAAGGUAGGUAUAGAUUAUUCUGUUGGUUUUUCUAUUCAAAUUUUGUCGAAAAUUUUUUCUGAUUAUGUAAUUUCAUGAAAUCGUAAGACCCGAUAUUACAAUAAAAUUCAAUGUGGACAUCGUUUUGAACAAAAGUAAUUUGAACUUUCUUUAGCGUUCUCUGCAAUUUCCUUCUAUUAUUUUCCUAAAUUAUUCGCUUAAGGAUUAAAUUAGCUAAAGGUACUUUCUUCAACCGUUUAUAUGAAACUCGAUUUUUUCCAUCCAUAAAUACGUUGGAUAGGGGAGUAUUCACUUUAUUUUUUACAAUUUUUCACUUAACUUCAAAAGAAAGCUCAUUUUAAGAGGAAAGAAAAAAAAAACCUAAUUUACUCUAAAUUAAAAAGAAGGAAAGGAAGAAAGGAAAUUGCAUGGGCGGGCGAAUCAGGAAUCUAGCCUUAGUGCCGACACAAUUCAGGUUCGUAAAGACGUUCUAGUCUUUCGUCAGAUGCGCUUAGAUGUCGCUUGAAGGCGUGAACUCGUUGCAAUCUUUACUCCUCUCUUACACGACUCGUUUGAUGAUAAUUCUCAACUUUUGCAAGUUGCCACUUUUUGGAGCAAUUUUCGUGCAGAGUGAUGAAACGCGGUGACCUAAGGGAACUACUUAAAUUAAUUGAUUUCCAAUAAUUCGCCAUAGUUUUAAUAUUCAUCAGAUUGCUUUGUUAACCAGCAUUAUCCAAAGAAUUAUCUU